CUGACUAGGUGCAGCUGUGUUUGACUUUGACGGGCUGUAUAAAACUCAGAAUAGGGGGGGAGGUAUCUGUUUUCAGUCUGUUUUUUGUAAAUUCAGCUCCAAAAAAGCCAGGAGUCAAUGGGUUAAGUAUCAUAUAACAGAGAUGACAUUAUUGAUAAUGAUUAUUUGUAAUACCAUGUAAGGUCAUGGCGUAUGCCAUAAGUUGUAAAUACUGUGAUUAAAGAUCAGUCUAUAUUCGCAAACCAAAGCGUGCGGUUGUGUUAACUGACUCCAAUGAAUAUAUAGCGAAAGACACUAAAAUAAUGAGUUGCUGCAUGAUGUUGAGGCACUGUAAGGUGUUCAUUGGCCUCUUUUACAAGAGCUGCACUGUAGAUAUUUCUGGAGCAUUAAAACUGGAACAUGAACAAUCACCAACAAUGAUGUAGUGUGAAUCGUAGAAAUAGCUUAAUGAAGCAGCAAGACCUCUACUACAUUCGUAUUACCAUAUGUAAAUUGUAUUUCGAAGUCGCUGGUAAGCAACGCUACAAGUAGUUCCUCUUCAGUGGCUUUUGCAAGAUCGAUUUUGUCAUUUGUCAUUUUGUCACUGUGCAAGGAUCAUUCAAUGGUGUUCAAGUGUGAGCUUUCAUUGCCACUAGUUGUUCCUUUGUAAGAUUUGGCAAAGCUGAGAGGGGCAUGACAGCUUCUGGAUUUUUAGAAAGCAGUGGGGAAGCUUGAAAAUCCAGCUUGUCAACUGAAUUUAUUGUUGUUGUUGUUUUUUUUUUUUUGUUUUUUUUUUGCGGUAUUAUUAUUUCCUUUUGACCAGGCUUUUGUUUCAUACCGAUUUUUAAAGGUGUACCUGCCUGAGCGAAUGCAUGCAGCUCGGAUUUUCGGCGUUGGUUGAAGCAUACUCCCUUGUCAAUGGUGUCUUUUGUUUGUACCACAAAGUUGAAGUAGUAAUAAGGUCUUGCAUCUUUCUUGUAAUCUCUAAGUGGUGUUGCCUUAUAAAUAUAACAAUAUAUUGUGCUUUCUUCAGGGUUGACUUCCUGCUUGGGUUCUAGAAUAUAGGAAAAAAUAAAUAGUAUUUUUGAAAUAUUUUCAAUAAUAUAAUUUAGUAUCGGCUUGUGAAAUAUUGAGUGGGAUGGCAAGUACAUGUAAAUCUGUGUAUCAAUGGGGGCUAAGGCAAGAUAUAUUUAGUGGAAAUACCUAAAAGAGGAAAAAAAAACAUUUAGAUAAGAUUGACAAAAUGUACAAUACAUAUUAUAAUAAAUGUUUAAUAAGAUGAAUAAAUGAAUGAAUGAAUGAAUGAAUGACAAAAAUAUGAAGAAUUUGAACUUACAUUGUCCCCCUUCCUAAUCCCUAUUUGAUGAGUUUUGUUUAUAUAUUGUGGAGAGUACAACACAUUCCUCCAUGGCAUAAAGAAAACCUUUUACUGCCUGAAGAUAUUGUAUGUUUCUUGUGCUAGUUGAUCAAGUCAGACCCAUAUCAGGCCUUCACCCAGCCAAACAACUUGGAUUUGUGUUGUAAUUGAGACCCACAUCAAGCCAGCCACUCCAAUAACCGAUAUUUUGGCUCUUAGUAUUCUUGACGAUGAUGAUUUCAUUAAAGUCAAAUUAACCCAAGGAGGUUUCAAACGAAAAACCGUAACGUGCACGAAGCGAAGGUUGUAAUACGUACAGAUAUGGCGUUCCUCUCUCAAAUAAAAAUCUUAGAUACAUUUUUUUACACUGCAAACCAAAAAAUAUGCAAAAAAUGCUUACCUUUUAGCUUGUGUCGACCAAAUAGGCGCUCUGUUGAGCGGCUCGAGUUGAGCCCUCGAUGUUUCGUACUAUCACAACCAACAAUGUGGACACCCUGUGCAUUUCUCGAUCUCUUGAAAACGAGGCCAGGUAUCAAACUUUCAACUUUCUUCACGCUCAAAAUGAGCUAGCAUCGACACCGCUGCAGAGCGUAGUGCGCACGCGCAGCCUCUUAUUUCAGGCGGGAAAUUGCCGGGCACCCGCCCCUAUUAAAAUCAACUACUCUGGGUAGGUUCGCAUGUUUGCCGGCGACAUUGGGAUAUGUUACGAAGAAGCAACUUGCGCUGCUCAUGUCCCAUGCACGAUAAACAACAGCCCUCACGUCUGAACAAGCAACCUAUUCCAAGUCGUUUUUAUCCGGUAUUUGACAAGAUUGGGCUAACAGUGGCAGGAUACCAGCCUGGUACUCGGUGGUGUUACCGGUGCAAGUUGCUCGCCUAUAAGAAAUUUGAAAGCCGUCCUCAAACAAGUAGAAAACCAGUCGAGGAAAAAGCAAAUAGUAGUACAUCCGCCAUCAGCACAGAACAACAACUACAAAAGAUAUUUCAGUUUACGGGAUCCCCUAUUCUACACCUCCAUGAAAGUAUGCAAGAUGUAUCUAUGUCAGCACCUACCAUAUCCAAACUGGAUCAAGCAAAGCAACAAUUUGGAAGGCUGUUUUCAAGACUUGAAGCUCUAGCAGACAUAUGUGACAUUCAUCUCCUGGAAACAUGAAAAGAGCUGCAAACUCCCCUAGGUACCAUCAAAAUUGCCCCAAAUUGCUAAUGGAUGGAUGGAUGGAUGUUAAUGGAUGGUCAAGUAUGGGACCAAAUAAAGACAACAAGCAAAGAACUUGAUGAAUUGGAUGAAGGUAAUUCACUGGGCCAACUAGUGCAACAAUUUCAGAUGGCUCUAUACCAUCAUGCCCUCAGUAGUGUAGCCCCAUUAUAUGAGCCAGCAGCAAUGAAAGCGUUCACACAAAAACACGGUAAAAAGAAGAAUAGUAAGAACAAUACUUGAGAAUAAGCAAGAACCAUUCCAAUUUAAACAAGCCAGUGGGAUAACUGACGCUUAACUUUCUUUAAAAUUUUCAGAAAGGAUUCCUAAUUGUACAACUGUUGGUAGACUUCCAUAAUAUUUUGACUGUUAGACUACCAACAAAUCUGAAGCUAUCAUUAGCGCGCACAUGGUUAGUGGCCUACUGGACAUCCAUCCUUCAAUUCCUGCCUAUUCCUACAAGAGAUACAAGACACAGCCGAGUGAAGAUAGGGAACGAAAAUAAAAUUUGCAGAGGAGGAAUUGUUCUAGACUACAUAAAAGAGUUGUUUCAAAGACCAGUGUUAUCAAGAAUGUACUUGGAGACAAAUCACCAAUGCAUUUCAUCAAAAUACAAUCAACAACAACUAAAGGAAUUGAGGGUCUAUUCUGGGUUGUCGCACGAUGAGCUCUGUACCUUGGGUCUACUAAUUUAAUAGAUGAGUUCAAGCAAUCUUUGAAAAGUAUGGAGGACUAUAAAUCAGCCAUUGAUCACAUAUUCCUGUGCUGUCCACAACUGGAACAUUACUUGAAAAAGUUUGUAGUACCAGCACCCGGGGACUGGCCAACUUGGUUUUAUCAAAAGAAACUCAUUGCUCAAGAAGUCAAUGCAGAUGCCAGUUUCCUAUCAGUCAUCCCAGAGCAGGGCCCAUUUCAUGUUUUCCUGAAUCUACAAGGUGUUGUAACAAUUUAUGACUUCUUAUUUAAAAAAGUGUACAAAGAGACAUUUGGAUCUGACUUACCCAACAAGCCAAAGCCUUUUCGUGUCAGCCUGGUAAUAACUGCUGUUUUUCUGGCGUGGGGCAAAUUACAUGAUAAAGUUCUCCUAAAAUUCAAGCUCUGCAAGGACAUAGAGUAUGCUUCCAUUCUGUUUCUUUUAGAUGAGGUGGUUCCCAUAUCAUUCUUCCACUAUCCUGUUACAUUCAGGUCUGGAGACAUGGAAUCAUAUAUAAUGAUGUUAAAGUUAUCUCUACUGUUUAUAAUCUGGAAAAGGCAACAUUAUGACAGAUCAACACUCUCGAUGCUUAGUGACUUUUCUUUUCACAAACAACAUUUUUCACAGUACCAUGAACUUAAAAAGAAAUGGAUGGCUCUAAUAACAGAAAAGAAUGUUGAAAUCUGGCAUAGUGUGCUACGCAGCUUCAUUUCAAGUUAUGACAGUGCUAGUCAAAUUAGGGACAAAGCCCUGUCAUUUGCUACAUCAAAGACACAACAGCUCUUUCAUAACUAUCUAACAACACCAUACAGUAGAGGUUAUUCUGAAAAAGACCUAAGUUUGGUGACUGGUACAGCUGCUGAUGCAUUACUGAAAAUCAUCAAGCAAGUUGGUCAAAAUCUGGGAAAAGCAAAGCAGGUUCCACAAGAAACAAAUGCAAGAGGGCAGCCUAAAGGAGACAUGAAAUUUUUUCUUCCUACCUUUGACACCACCAUUACUUCAAAAGCAAUGCCCCUUGGCUACUCAUUUGUAAAAGAAGACCCUUCCACAAUACCUGAUCCUAAAUUAAUCUGUGACUACAAAAACUGCACGCAAUUAUCAACAACCAAUGUCAAUCGCCUUAACUGUUUUCACACAUUUCACAAUUUUUGUUUAGAAGAAGCUGGAGACCAGUGUCCAAUCUGUUCCCUACACCUUGCUGAAAAAAUUGCAGAAAUCUGUUCAGCAUUUAAUGAAAGCUUGUUGAAACCAACAGCAAAAUCUACUAGAACAACACAAAGCAAUCAAGAACCUGGUAGUAAUGCUGAGAAUGACAGCAUUAAUGUCAAAAGAAAUUGUGACCCUGAAUACUAUGACUCUGCACAACGGGAAUCCCACAUUGACAGCGAGUUAAAUUCAUUUGUUGUUGCACAGCCACAACUGCGACACAAUGUUCCCAAUCAACAGGCUGCACCUUCACAGGCAAUUAAUAUCCAAGUUACCACUCAUCCAGUUGGUUCAUCUACAUUUUGGUUCUUUCCUCCUUACAUAUCUCAGUCAACUCUACUUGGAAGAAAUGGAUCUAAUGCAUGUACUUUUAUCUCACUAAUUUUGGCCCAUUCAUAUAUCACUUCUGCAAGCCGAACCAGUAUACAGCUCAGCCGUGGUCCUCCCAUAAACCCUCAUUGGCUUUCAAUGAUGUUAUCUGCAAUUGUUUGUGGCAACAGCAUAUAUGACACUGUGACAAAUGGUUACGGGUCUCCAUUCUUUAAGUGUUGUUGAGGCAAAACCACAUCUAGAUUCAGUCAUUGGGACUGUUUUUCUUGAAGACGCCCUCGAUCUGUCAAUUACCUCAGCUAAUCCACAGGUUCCUCAAAGUUCACUUGCAUUUUAUCUGCAAAGGCUUGAUCGCGAACAGAACUUAGCAGCAAUAGUCAUAGCUA